GAAAACUUCAAUUCACAAUAUGACGUUAUUCCUUUCUGGUCCCUUUUUUCCCUUUCUCUCUCUCCCUCUCUCUCUCUCUUUCUUUCUUUCUUUUCUUCCCUUUUUUUCAAUGACACAGUCAAAAGAUCAAGGGCAACAAGAUAAUGAAGAUAAGCAGACAAAGGAUAGAUCCUCAACAACAUGGGCUCAUUUAGAAGUAUUGAAUCAAAUGAUGGCCCCUACACAAAUUUUGACAGGGAAUGAGCUACAGCAUGAACUUGAUUUUUAUGCCAAUACUCAAUUCAGAUAUGCCAACGACACCAUUGAUGAAAACGCUCUUGUGACUCCAACACUAAACAUAAAUCAUGCAGCCUUUCUUGAAACUAACAAUUUCCAGGCUCCUCAACGUCCGUAUCGAAGUAACAGUCAACCUAUGAAUCAACAAACCUUGAAUAAUUUAGCUUUGUUUCUUGAACAACAGCAAAGACCGUCUUCAUCAAAUAUGGAUAUGCUAUUAGGGCAUGAGCCUGUCAUGCACGAUCCUAUAGAUUCACAACAACAGCAAAGGGAUGUAUUAUAUCCCACAGAAUCCUCUUCUUCACCUGUGCAUCGAAGAAGCAUGCCUUCUAUAAACCCAUUCUCUUCAGAACAAAGCGAGGUAUCCAAUGACCAUUCAGAUCGAUUUGCAACAUUAUUUGCCACACCUACCUCGCCUGUUCUGAAUACAAACAAUGACACUGAUACUGCUCCUAAAAAGACAAAAGCAGCAACUCAGAAAGAACAGCAGUUCCGUUUUCGAAAAAAUAGUGUGGGUAACAAGGGCAAAAAACCACAACCGCCACAAAAGCAACCACUUGAUGUUGAUAUGUUGACUCAACACAACAUGCUGCAGGAAAUGACAGCCACAAGAACAAUUAAACUGGGGGAUACGACAUUCACUUUUUCGAUUGAUUCAUUACUCAAUGAUCAUAAAGGAAAAGGCAAACAAAAGGAAUCUAUUUCUGCAAAAAAGUCAACUUCUAAAAACGAAGAAGACAUGGAGGAAGACGAAGAAAGUGAUCAACAUGAGAGUGACAAAGAUGAAGAUAGGCCUGUGAUUGGCGAUGGUGCUCUUAGCUUUAGUAGUAUAGGAAGUAACGGCAGCCAAAACUCACAAAAGAAAUCAACCUUAACAAAAGAUGAUAAAAGAAGAAGAAAUACAGCUGCUUCUGCUCGUUUUCGUAUCAAAAAGAAAAUGAGAGAACAAGCAUUGCAAAAGACUGCUUAUGAAAUGACUGAAAAAGCUCAAAUGAUGGAAAGUAAAGUGCAUGAACUGGAGCGUGAAAUCAAGUGGUUAAAAGCACUUGUGGUUGAGAAGAAUGAGACAAGACUGGAACAGCUGAUGCGUGAAAGACCAUCUCAUAGUACAGCUUUUCCUUCUCCUUCUUCCUCAUUUACGCUUUAUCCAUCACACUCAUCUUCUUCUCGUUAUCAUGAAGACGAUUAGGAUAUGAUUAUGUUUUUAUGUCAUGUAUGCCCUCUCCAUUCCUUUUGUUUUUUUAAGUUAGAAAUAAUAA